GCCGAUUUAUUGUUUUAUUUUUAUUUUUUAUUUUCGCGCCUUUUUUUUUUUGGAAGGGGAAAAAAAAACCCUUUUCUUUUCUCUCUCUCUCUCUCUCUCUGUGUGUGUGUGUAUGUGUCUUUCUCUCUCCCCCCUCGCUGCCAAUGCUUGCACGGAAUAGCUUGGCUGCGAGUGACGAGACAGUCUCAUCCCUAACCUCAUCCCCCUCACAGAUGGAGGAGACGCAAUCAGUCCCAAGGAUAGAGACAGGUCAGUCAGUCCUCGAAAAGGUCGAAAGGAUCAAAGAGCUUUUGGGUCCGCUUUGGGGUCCGCUCUGA